AUGCAAGAAAAAUUUUUGAAAUGGGCAGCUCUUAAUUCAUAUCAGUCAAAAAUUUGGUCAGAGGUUCCCUGUGUUUUGACAUAUACAUUGCCAACAUUAUUCAACAAUUAUACUAAUUCAGAUGAUGUACAAUAUUAUUUAACAACAUGUCUUGAACCUUCCAUAUCAUCUGAUUAUGUUAAAUUAAUUUCUAAAUCAUAUCAAUGUCAAGUAGAUAUGUUCAAAACGAAUGCAUCUCAAAUAUAUACAACGAUUGUAAAACUUGUAUCUCAAAAUAGAAUUGAUGACGCUGGAUAUUUUAUGGAUAAUGUUCUUAUCAUUCAUUUUAAUUCAAUAUCUAAUCUUGAAGAAUUACUUCAUAUGUUAAUUCAUAUAUGUUCAUUAGUUAAUAUUGAAUCUCGAAGUCUUCUAUGUAAAACUUUAAUAUCACCAAUAUCCUAUGAAUUGACAAAUAAAAAAUGUAAUAAAAAUUUAGCAAGAAUUUUUUUUGAUUUUGUUCUUGCAAUACUUAAUUUAAAUAUUAUUGAAGCUCCUAAAUAUGCUGAUCAUAUGUUAUCUAUAAAUGAUUUUUAUCCAUGGAAACAAUUAGAUAAACAAAUAACUCAUCUUAUACAAUCAUGUAUUAAUUAUGAUAAUAUUAUUAACGAUGAAUAUUUUAGUGAACUUGAUAAUUUAAGAAAAAUUUUAAGUUUAAUUAAUGAACGAAGUAAAAUUCAUGUAACAAUAUUACAUGCAACACAUGAAUUCGCUUUACAAGCUGUUUUAAAAUGGUCAACAAUUAUUAAUAAUGAUACUGGUAAACCAUAUGAUAAACAUGUAUUUGAAAUGGGACAACCUAUGACAGAAUUAAUUGAUCGACGACAAAUACCUGUCGAUAUAUGUAGUAAAUUUCUUGAAAUACUUCGAAAACAAAUUGAUAAUAAUGAUGAAAUUUGUGAUUUUAAUUACUUUCAUCAUAAUUUUUUCUUAUCUGUUACUAAAUUAUUAGCUGAAUGUAUUGUACAAUUGAAAAAUUUACCAUUGACAUUACAUCAACAAAUAGCUUCAUUUUGUUUAGUAGCAUUUAAUUGUCCAUUUACUAAUGAAGAUGGAUCAAUGACAUUAUCACAUUCAGCAGGUUUAGCUUUAUGGUGUAGAUUACCACAAUAUAUUCAUAAUGAAGAUGAUGCAUAUCCUUAUGAAUCAUGUGCUGAUCGAUUAUAUCAAUUAGUAUAUAAGGAAGAAGAACAACAAUUAUAUCAAUGGUGGAUUAAUUUUUGGUGUAUCAUUGGUUUGAAAUAUCCAAAUGUAGCUGUUAAUCAUAUUCCACAAUUUCUUGAUGAAAUCAUCAAUCGUAAACGAUUAGAUUUAUUAUCAACGGUUUCUGCCCUAUACAACAAACGUCCAGAACCAUUUCACGCUCGACUCGAUGAUCUUAUUCAUGCUCUUUUCGAUUGUAAUGGUCAACAUUUAACAUCUCUAUCUAUUCUUUUCGAUACUAUUGUUAAAGUACAUCCAGAAUUAAUAACGUCAAAACAUAUUGAUUCUUUAUUUACUUCAAUUAAAAAUCAUAUGAGUUCAUUCGAUCAAACAAAUUAUAUUUUUCAAGCACUUGGUUAUGUAGCUAAUGCACAACCACAUUUAUUCGAUAAAUAUCAAGAAGAACUUUUACAUUUUGUUAUUGAACAACAUAGUUUAUCAGCAUUUAGUUGUCUACAACAAUAUUUAGUAACGUCAACAAUUAUUAAAGGUGAAAAAACAGCUGAUGAAAAUCUUACUUUAUUAAUUAAUUUAAUAAAAAAUACAAAAAAUAUUUCUACUGAUUUGAAAUCACAAAUAUUUUAUACAUGUCAAUUAAUUGGAGUAAAAUAUAAAGAAAUUCUUGCAACUAAACGUAAUGAUUUAAUACCAUUUGAAUCUGAUUCUGCUUGUCAAGUUUUAAUUAAUUUUAUUGAUGAAAAUAAAUUAAAUGAAGAAAAUCAAGCAGCUAUUAAUCAUACUCUUGAUGAAAUAGCACAAAUAGAAAAACGUGUUGUUCAUACGGAACGUGAUGUUCAAAAUAUAACAAAAGUAGUUAAACGUCAAGAAUUAAAUAUUACCAAUCUUAAUACACGUGUUAACAUAUUUGAUACACGUAUAAAUGAUAUAACUGAACAAGUUGAAUAUCAUACUCGAGAAAUAGAACGUAUCGAUAUGAAAACAUUAAGUUAUGUACCAUCUGAAUGGGGUCGUGAUGUAUGUACACUUCUUAAUAUUCGUGCAGAUAAUGAUUGGCGUUUACUUGGUAAACGUUUUGGUUAUUCAACAAGUGAAUUAAAACAUUGGUCUAUGCAAAUGGAUCCAUCAAUGUCUUUACUUAAUGAAUGGUUUAUGACACAUAAAACUGAUGAAGCAACAUAUGGACUUUUAAAAAUCUUAAAUGACAUAGGUCGACAAGAUGUUGAAGAAAUCAUUCGUAAAGCUCUUACAAAAGCUGGUGAACUUAUACCAGAUGAUAUAUCAAUUGAAAUUAAACGUCUUCCACCAAUUUUUCUUUCUUAUCAAUGGAGUUCACAAAAAGCUGUUUUAAAAUUAAAAACAAAUCUUGAACAAGCGGGCUAUUCUUGUUGGAUGGAUACAGGACAAAUGGGUGGUGGUGAUAAAUUAUUUGCUAAAAUUGAUGCUGGUAUUCGGGGUGCUAAAGUUGUUAUUUGUUGUAUGAAUAAAACUUAUGCACAAUCAGAUAAUUGUUCACGUGAAGUUCAUUUAACAAUAAGUACAGGCAAACCAUUAAUACCAUUACAAAUGGAAAAACAAACAUGGCCACCUGAAGGUGCACUUGGACCAAUAAUGAGUGAAUAUUUAUAUAUACGUUUUUAUGAUCGAAAAAAUAAUGAUGAAAAUUAUUGGCCAACUGAUAAAUUUGCAGAAUUACUUGGUCAAAUACGUUAUUAUGUUGCACCUGAUCCGGAUAUGAUUACACAGCAAUAUUAUAAUUGGUUUGUACCACGUGUUGAUAAUUUAAUUUUUCUUCAAUCACAAACAACAAAUGAUAAUAAAGAUAAAAUUAUAAUUAAAGAUAAUCUACCACUUGUUGUUACUCAUCCACAAAUAAUGAUUUCCUAUCAAUGGGAUUAUCAAAAAGACAUUAUUAAUUUAUAUGAAAAAUUAACAAAAUUAGGUUAUCGUUGUUGGCUUGAUAUAUUUCAAAUGGGUGGUGGUGAUUCAUUAUUUGAAAAAAUUGAUGCUGGAAUACGUCAUGCAAAAUGUAUUCUAUCUUGUGUAACACCAAAAUAUAUAAAAUCAAUUAAUUGUCGACGAGAAAUAGCUUUAGCUGAUGCUCUUCAAAAACCUAUUGUACCAUUACUGCUUGAAGAAAUAAGUACAUGGCCACCAGCUGGUCCAAUGGCAAUGAUAUUUGCUGAAAAACCUUAUAUUGAUUUUCGAUGUUCAACAAAUGAUAGUGAAAUAUGGAUUGGAAAAGAAUUUGAAUUAGUACUUGCUCGAUUAAAACAAAUUAUACCUGAAGUACAAACAGAAAAAUCUCAAAGACAUUUAAUUGAUAUGCAACGACCAACAACAGCAAUGAAACGACAAGAAAAAAAACCACAACGAAUUAGAAGCACACCUGUUACACCACAAAGUCGAGCAUGUUCUCUUAUGUAG